CAAGGACUAAAACAUGAAGGAAGAGGAGAGGGGGAGACCAAGAGAAAGGAGAUAUUCAUGGAGGUCUUGCUCUCUUUGUGUUCGAUAGGGUUUUGUAGUGCAGUGUUGUACUUUUAUAAUGUCAUGUGGUUGCAACCGCAAAGAAUUUGUAAUAAGCUAAGGCGGCAAGGAAUAGAAGGGCCACCACCAUCAUUUCCUCAUGGUAAUUUAACAGAGAUGGAGAGACUAGUAAUGCAGGAAAAGGCAAGAGAAACAAUAACACAUGACUAUGGACCAACAGUGUUCCCGUACUUUGAGAAGUGGAGGAAAAGAUACGGCCCAGUUUUUUCGUAUUCAAUGAGAAAUGUACCCUUUCUACAUGUAAGCCAUCCUGAGCUGGUGGGGGAUAUGAGCCUCUGCCUGUCUUUGGAUUUGGGGAAGUCUACAUACAUGAAAAAGACACAGGAGCCUUUGUUUGGUCACAGUAUUAUAAAGUCAAAUGGCAAGGCCUGGUCUGACCAAAGAAAAAUGAUCGCCCCAGAAUUCUUCUUGGACAAAGUUAAGGGGAUGGUGGACUUAAUGGUCGAGUCUGCCAGACCAUUAAUCGAAUCAUGGGAAAGUAAAAUCCAGCAUGAAAAAGGUCUGUCAGAAAUAAAGGUUGAUGAGGAUUUGCGAAAUUAUUCCGCUGAUGUGAUCUCAAGAGCGUGUUUCGGGAGCAGCUAUUCAGAAGGAAAAGAAAUAUUUUCAAAGCUUAGGGCUCUAAAAAUAGCUUUAUCCAAACGAAAUUUACUUGUAGAAAUUGGUGGACUGAGGUACCUUCCCACGAGACGCAACAGAGAAGUUUGGAGACUUAACAAAGAAGUCCGCUCCCUAAUCCUCAAGUUGAUCAAGGAUGGGGGAGGAGAGGGAUGUGCAUCAGAAAAAGGCCUAUUGCAGGCCAUCCUUCAGACACCAGGUGAUAGCAAGAAUGCCGAUGACUUCGUGGUGGACAACUGCAAAACUAUAUACAUCGCAGGACACGAGACUGUAGCUGUCACCGCUGUUUGGUGCCUGUUGAUGUUGAGUAUUCACCCAGAAUGGCAGAAACGUGCUCGUGAUGAGGUGGUGGAGGUUUGUAAUGGUCGUCCACCAACUGCCAAUUCACUCCAAAAGAUGAAGACGUUGACCAUGGUGAUCCAAGAGACCCUUCGACUCUACCCCCCAACAGGACUCCUUGCAAGGGAGACACUUCAAGAUAUGGAUUUUGGGGGCAUCCACAUCCCCAAAGGUGUUAACAUUUCCAUACCUCUGGCAACAUUGCACCAUGAUUCUAGCUCCUGGGGCACUGAUGUAAAUGAGUUUAAACCAGAGAGGUUUGCUAAAGGAGCAAGGUCUGCCACUCAGCUUCCAUGCAUGUAUGCACCUUUUGGUAUUGGACGCCGGACAUGUUUAGGUCAGAACUUUGCUAUGGUUGAAUUGAAGAUUGUACUCUCCCUUAUCCUCUCAAAAUUUAACUUCUCUCUAUCCCCAAACUAUCAACACUGCCCUUCAAUGAGAUUAGUUGUAGAGCCUGAAUUCGGAGUGGAACUCCUCAUGGAGAGGCAUGAUAAAGAUAUGUGAAAACUCCCAUACCCAAUAUGAUAAAGACAUCUUGCAUAUUCUCAUAUGUAAUUCACCUAAAACCAUCCCUGUUAUACUUUUUCUCAUAUUGCUUGAGCAUUCAGUUUGUAGCAUGUGUUGCAUAGUGUAGAUUUUGUAUCGCACAAAGAGACUUUAGAAAUGUGCAAUUUGUCGAGUGUUUAUACAAGCAUUUGUAUUAGCAGGAGGGGUUACAAUAUCCAAGCAUGUGUCCAACAAACAAUACAUAGUGUGCAUAAUAUUAUUCAUGUGCCUUUAUCCCAAAUGUUUGGGGUUGUGUAGCCGACUGAGAUAAAGGCUUUUGAUGUUGUUGCUGUUGUUGCUAGGGAAGUGGAGGGAAUUUAUCCAUCUAAUUAUUUUAAAACGCGACAGGGUGUUAAAAUAUCACAAAGGAGCAAGUAGAAUGCAAUUUUGUGCCUAGUCUUUCUACAUAGCUUAAAGGUUUCUAAUAUAGGGUUCUUCCUCCAGUUACAGUCACUUCAUUUAAUUAAUCUGAUGAUCUGAGUGUGUUAUCUCAAAUCAACUCGAAAGUCUUUGUCAUCAUAGAAUACAAAUAUAAGAUUUCCCACGUGAUUAAAGUUAAGGGUGGAAAUGAUAUAACAAAUAAUCUAUAACUUACAUUAUCCAUUGUCCAUAAACAUCCUCAAUUUUGCUGCAUUGUUUUGUUUGAUCCACCCUCCGUUUUUGCUAAUAAUUCUCAACCAAAUAACAUCGUUAAUUAUUUGCAUUCCAUGACAUUUCCCCUAGGUUACCGAAGAAUGAGUUCAUCGCAUCACGGCCCUUAUUACCUGAACACUUACCCACCUUUUAAUUGAACUAAUUUUUCUUUUUUUCUAGAUGAAUAUAUUAGGUCUCAUACCUAUAAAUCAGUCUAAAUUACUCGCAUGAUUAAUCAAACUAACUCUUAGUAACAAUUGAACUUGAUGAUAAAAAAGCAAGAUUUUGUAAAUUUUUGGUUCUUGAUUUCUCAAACUCAUGACCAAUCAAACAAUGAAUAGAGCAAAAUCAUGCGAAAAGAUCGAGCCAAAUAAAGAAAUUAGGUUCUGUAACCCUAAUCGUCCGAGCUAAAACUUAAAAGGACAACAGUGAACAG